UCAGCAGCGCACUCUCACAGGAGGAGAUAGUGAGCCAGCAGAGAUAUUGGUAGAGGCUUUAUUGGUGGACACCCUGCAGUGACACCCCCCCACAGAGCUUUUUUUUUUUUGUGUGUGGUUAAGCGUGUCGUGCACGCGCAGAAGCAGCUGUCAUUGGGUCGAGGCGCGUGCCCGCACGCUGCAUAUAGCGAGACUAUCCUGUUUGAAGAUUAUGCUGCAGCUCCUGGCCAUCUUGUAUCAGACAGGAUGAGACUCUGAAAAAAACCCGACGUGCUACAGGAGCGUUUUUUUGACAGGCGAAGACACACAAAGGCAGAAAAGCCUCGUCUGCUGCCGCUGUGUGUGCUGAGAACAUACGGGUUGUGGAUUAUUCCGAGGACAUCGUACUGAAACCAUGAGCUGGGGGUCAGAGCUAUGGGAUCAGUUUGACAACUUGGAGAAGCAUACACAGUGGGGGAUCGAGUUUGUGGAGAAGUACACCAAAUUUGUCAAGGAGAGGUCAGAGAUUGAAACCAACUAUGCAAAACAAAUUAGGAAUUUAUCAAAGAAAUAUCAGCCCAAGAAGAACUCACGAGAAGAGGAGGAGAGCAAGUACACCUUCUGUAAAGCCUUCCUGACGACGCUUAAUGAGUUAAACGACUACGCAGGUCAACACGAGGUCAUAGCGGAGAACUUAACGUCCCAAAUCAUCGCCGAGCUUACGCGCUACCUGACAGAACUCAAGGCUGAGAGGAAAUCGCACUUCCAUGAUGGGCGUAAAGCACAGCAGCACAUUGAGAGCUCGUGGAAACAGCUGGAAUCGUGUAAAAGAAGGUUUGAGAGGGACUGCAAAGAAGCAGACAGAGCACAGCAAUACUUUGAGAAGAUGGACGCUGACAUUAACGUGACUAAGGCUGACGUGGAAAAGCGAAGUUCCCAUAAGGCACGGCAGCAAGCUCAGAUGAGGCACCAGAUGGCUGCUGACAGUAAGGGCGAUUACUCCUCCUACCUGCAAAAGUUCAACCAGGAGCAGAAUGAACAUUACUACACGAUUAUUCCCAACAUAUUCCAGAAACUUCAGGACAUGGAGGAGAGAAGAAUUGAGAGGAUAGGAGUGUGCAUGAAGACAUUUUCAGACGUGGACCGCCAAGUGCUGCCCAUCGUUGGGAAGUGUUUAGACGGAAUGACGAAUGCUGCUGAGUCCAUCGAGCCCAAGACCGACUCGAAGCAGGUGGUGGAGUCCUACAAGUCCGGGUUUGAGCCCCCGGGAGAUGUGGAGUUCGAGGACUACGGCCAGACCAUGAAGAGGACGGCGUCUGACACCAGCCUGUCCAACUCCAGAGAGGGCAAAGAGAAGCCUGCUGGCAAGAGCAAGGGCAAACUGUGGCCUUUCAUUAAGAACAAGAACAAGCUUAUGUCCCUGUUAACGUCCCCCCACCAGCCCCCACCUGCCCCCCCAGCCUCAUCCCCGCCCUCACCCUCUGCUGUUCCCAACGACCCCCAGUCUCCCAAGCAGCACAAGGAGCCCCUCUCCCACCGCCUCAACGACUUCAUGACCUCCAAACCCAAAAUGCACUGCCUCCGGAGCCUGAGGCGAGGGCAGCAAUCUCCGCGCUCGCUCAUUUAUCACAAAGAGCUUAUGAAGAGGACUCUGGGCCGACCCACAUAUGCUUUCGAAGCAAGGCAAUAUGUUCUUUCUCUCAAGCUGAUCACACUCAAUUCCCAAGUCCGGAAUCUCAUUGAGGGUUCUGGACCAGAGGACUUCAGCCACCUACCACCAGAGCAGAGGAGGAAGAAGCUGCAGGGCAAGCUUGAUGAACUGAAUAAAGACAUUCAGAAGGAGAUGGACCAGAGGGACGCUCUUACUAAGAUGAAAGAUGUGUAUGUGAAGAACCCUCAGAUGGGAGACCCAGCCAGCGUCGACCCCCGGCUAUCAGAAAUAGGCCAGAACAUCGAGAAGCUCCAGUUUGAAGUUCAGAAAUUCGAGGGCUGGUUAGCAGAAGUGGAGGAGAGGAUGCCAUCUAAGAGUGACUCGCACCGGAGAAGUGGAAUCUAUGAGACCCAGAACAACACAACAGUGAGCAACAACUGUGCGCAGGACAGAGAGAGCCCGGAUGGCAGCUACACAGAGGAGCAGAAUUCAGAGACUCAGGUCAAAGCCAACCCCAACCCAAACCCAAACCCAAACCCAAACCCAAACCCCACCUCCAGCACGCCGGAGUUUGAUGAUGAGUUUGACGACGAGGAGACCCUGCCCACCAUCGGCACCUGCAAAGCCUUGUACCCCUUUGAAGGUCACAACGAGGGCACUAUCUCCGUGGCCGAGGGCGAGCUGUUGUACGUCAUAGAGGAAGACAAAGGAGACGGCUGGACACGAGUGCGAAGGAACGAGGAUGAGGAGGGCUACGUCCCCACAUCCUACGUUGAGGUCUUUUUGGAAGCAAAUGCCAAAGGUGCUAUGACAUACAUUUAACUCAGCAAGUUUGUGCUCUGACAGUUUCAUGCUACUGUGAGUCAGCAAGUUUCCAUUCACGUGCUAAACGAGCGCCGCAAGUUAGCUCAGACACACACAUUUCCUGUCUCUCCAGAAGGAAGGACCAAUCGGAUUUGUCCAUUGUGCCUCAUGACAGUUGGAACAGUUGUUGGCAGAUUAGGACUACUCUCGAGCUUUGAACAGUGUUUGGUGAUAAGAAAUUCCACUGAAUGUGAGCUGAGCCUGUCGAUGAAAGAAGCUGUAAUUGCUCACCUCAUGUUCACUGCAGUGUCACCUAGUGGUCAUACAAAAGUAUACAUCACACCGUCAGUCAAAGCUCAGCAUCAUGGGACACAUCAGCUACUGACAAUGAUCACCUGUACCUGAGUUUCUUUUAAAUUAUUUUUUAGUUAAGGUUUUAAAAUAGCAGAUUACAAUAUUUCACUCAAAAAAAAUUUAAUCAAGAGUUUUAUCCACAUCUUUGGUUAAAUAUUUGAAUCGGUGAGGUGAUAAAUCCAGUGAAUGUAUGCCCCAUCCGAAGUGACAAAGAGCAUCAAGUGAAAGUAAAAUCAGUGCGCAACUUGUUGUGUUUCGGUCACUUGUACCUAAACGGAAAGCAUGCUCGAUGUGCAAUCAUGUAAUUUAAACCUGCUGUAAAAUAUGGAUACAUAUCAAGAGAUAUUUUUGUAGGCUAAACUGACAGAUUGUGGCCCUGCCCCUCAAGUGUUGCAUGCUGUACAUUGAUUAUAGUGCUGUUACAACGAGUUACUAUUCUCCCCUGUAAGGGGCUCGACACACGGGAAGCAAAAGUUGAGGGGGGAAUGCGAAAGUAAUCGCAACAGGAGAUAAAUUCAACACACGGUGCGCGACGGCAGGCGAUGGCGACACUGUGCAAAGGCACAGAUCGCUUGUCUCCCUCACUUCUGAUUGGCUGUGAAAUCGGAGGGAUAUUUUACAUUUUCAAAGAGUUUCAUGACAGAAAAGCAUAAAGAUGAUGAGCCGGAAGAUAUUGCUUGAUUUAGCCAAAAUUUUACUAUUGACAUUGGCUUAUAGAAGUUUACCCUGGCGCCAACCACCUCCCAUGCAGCAGCUCUUUUGUUUAUAUCACGAUAGUCAUUAAGGGAAGGAUCAUAAAGAAUCAGGAAAUCAAUCACGGCUAAAAUAAUUUACUCCUCCAUGUUGAAAAGGGGGGCUGCUCAGUGGCGUAGUGGUUAGCACUUUCGCCUUGCAGCAAGAAGAUCCCUGGUUCGAAUCCCGGUCUGGGCCUGGGAUCUUUCUGCAUGGAGUUUGCAUGUUCUCCCUGAGCAUGCGUGGGUUUUCUCCGGGCACUCCGGCUUCCUCCCACAGUCCAAAAACAUGCUGAGGUUCAUUGAGUACUCUAAAUUGUCCGUAGGUGUGAAUGCGAGUGUGAUUGUUCGUCUGUGUAUGUAGCCCUGUGACAGACUGGCGACCUGUCCUGGGUGUCCCCUGCCUUCGCCCGAGUCAGCUGGGAUAGGCUCCAGCACCCCCCGCGACCCUAAUGAGGAUAAAGCGGUGUAUAGAGGAUGGAUGGAUGGAUGUUGAAAAGGGCUGAAAACAAUGGUUGAAAACCGGAGCGGACCAUUAAUGUACAGGAGCGGACUGUACUGUGUAACAUGCUGUAAGCUCUUUGGUCAGUGAGUGAAACCCUCGCUGAUUGGUUGAAGCUCCAGGCGACAGCGACAAAAGUUGAACAUUUUUCAACUUUCUUGUAUCGCGUCGCAAGCCAGCGGGUGCACGUCUACGUGAAUGCGCGUGAAAUUUCACAUGCACGAAUGUCGCCGUCGCGUUGUUGGAAGGGGGGAAAGUGAUGUUCGUCUCGUCGCACAGCACCCAUAGAAAAUGAAUGGAGCGCGACUGUUGUCGCUUCCCGUGUGUCGAGACCCUAAGGGUGAAUUUUCUAAAAUUCUUAAUCACAUUAGUGACAGUAUUAGCCCCCCGUUGAAAUGAUGUUUUAUCCUUUUUAAUUUACUUUUGAUAAUGAUAGUGUUGGGCUGUUGUGGUCCUUUUUUUCCAGGCCACUGGUAAAGACAUGAGGGACUGAGAAUUAGCAGUACUAAGCCGUAUAUGGUGAGGCCGGGCUGAGAUAUGGAGCUGGUCAUGGCUUUAAAGCUUUGUGGUUUCUUGCAUGGGUAUCUGAGCAGCACCUGUGUGAAUGUUCACGGUAAACGCAUGGUGUGUUUGGCCUGUGUGUCGUCUCACCUCCUCUGUGCUACCUUUCACGAUUUGGCGUCGUCUCUGAAAUCAUCUCUUUCAUAAAUCAUUAACUUCCAUAGUUGUAAUCAGCUUUGAUGGUGUGUUAGCGGCCAGCAUGGGGUUCUUAUCUGCAGGGUUUCGGUUUACGCCUCCUGUAAUUUUUACUGAAAAGCAUUUCACAUGAGGUGCAUGCUGCAGCGUUUGUGGGUGUUUUGUCAUGACAGGAUUUCAGCAUGUUGUGACAAAGUACACAGGCUGCAUUUAGAUGAAAACUAAAGUGAGGAUUCUUUGUCAAACAUCUUUCAAUCACACUUGAUGUGCAGAUUACAUUCAUCCCGACACCACAGUGUUGUCAGUUUAAAGUAGUUUCAUGCAGGCAGUGACCUCCUCUCUGAAUAUUUGGGUUGCUAUCUUGUCCUCGAUUUUCCUUUUAAAGCUAAUUUUUCUUUUUGUCAUUUUUUUUUUGUUUGUUUGUAUUUCCCUUUUUUGAAUUGCAGAUUCCUAAAAGUGUGAGGCUGGCUGAGGAAUGGCAGGGCAAGCAGCCUCGGAGAAACCACCAUGUUCCUCACACGCUCACAGAAUCAGAGAAAAGUGAAAGAUGACCUGAAUCUAAAAGUGAGAGAGAGAGAAAAAGACGGCCGAUUAGAACGCAGCUGAAUUUUCCAAACACAAAAAAAAAAUACAAACAGCUUAUCGGCAGCGUUGCGCUUCAUCCGCAGAACUCUGCGAUGCGAAGCGACGACAAGAGAAAUCCAUCUAAAUUCUAGCGCUCAUAACUUUUUCCAUUCUUAACACCCAUUCAGCAGUCGCAGUAUUCGAUUUGCUUCAUGUUGUUUUUCAGCAACGCUUCGCUUCUUAAUGUAACUAACUCCGCUUGUACCACGCGCGGUCAUGAACGAGGCUGUCGGCUUCCUCAGCGUCCCCGCCCCCCCACCCACCCUCCUUGGCUCUCUCUUUUCCUUUACCUUUGACACAAACACACACACAUGUGGCAGAGGGUGUGGUCAGAGACAGGACGGAGACCAGCUGGAGCCCUCGGACUCGGCACCCGCUGGAUGAAGCCACGUGAGGAUCAUGAAAUUCACCCGCUCACUCAUCGACUCGAGAGAUGACUCAUCCACUUUUGAGGCCGUGAGAAGCUCAUUUUCACCCUUCUCUCACUAAAAUCAGCUCCGUAUUUGCAGGUUUCAGCCAACUGGAAACAGGGGAAGCGAAGGUGCUAAUCAUGUGUGUGUUCUGCUUCUGCUUUGUUUGAUCUCAAUGAGUCUUCUGUGUUUUAAUAAAGUCCACUUUUCUCACCGCCAUGACCACUCCCACAUCCACAUCCACAUCCAGGAGCGGCUGGAGGGGGAGAAAGCGAUGGAUGAUGGAGGAGUUUGAAUCACCCGCUAUCACUCAUGCAACAAAUUUUUCCUGUCAUGUCACUGGUGUCUUGUUCCUCUCUCUGACCACACCCCCUCCUCACCUCCUCGGCCCUUCCCUCCUCAGGCGGCACAGGCUAUCCCUUGGCUGCUCUGAGCCCCUUCCUUCUUGUUUUUUUUUUUUUUUUUUUUUUUUUUUUUUGCAACAGCUCGGGGCGGGGGUCUCUCAGCGUUGUGGUGUGCUGCAUGCUUGCCCUGUCUUCCUCCUCGCCCCUCUGCUGGCGGCUCGGAGGAGGCGGUGGAGGCGUUAAGUCAGCUUACGCCUCCUGCCUCCAGGCCUUCCUGUUCAGUUAACCCUCAUUGCCUGGUCAUACUGUUUAAAUUAACCUGAAUGCUACUGUUUGGGUUCGGUGCCUGUGGUUCUUUUAUUUUCUUUAUUAAUUUAAAUCUCUUUUCUGUUGUUGGUUCAGAAAGCAUGUUUCCCCGUUUUUAACAGCAAGUGUGAUCUCCUCCUCCCAGUGUUCCCAACAUAAUCACAGAACAGUGUAAGGACGAUAGGGACCCGAAAUGUUGUUUUUCUGAGCGAUCUUACACAUAAAUAGGUCGUGGAUGUCUUGUGCAUUUGUUUUACUCUAAGUACAGUAUGUAUGUGAGAAGAAAAAACAUGUUAGUUUGGUAUGUUUUGAUCAGAGUGUCUAACGCAAGUUGUUGUUAGUUUACAGUUAUUCCUUGUGGAAAUGUCUCCACUUGGUCCAAGCAACCCAAAAAUAUGAGGAUAUGAUUUACACCUGAUGUUUUUAUUUUAAAAAAAAAAGGUCCACCUACUGUCUACUGUAUAUGAAAAUAUACUGUGAUCCGCAUAUUUCCUGUGAGUUGAAAUGUGACGACAUGCAGACCAUCACCUGUUCUGGGCCUUAACCGGGUUUCUGUUCUCGCUGAGAGAGAGAGAACGAUGCUGGUGUUAGCUGUGGUAAAGUGGGAGGAUUAAGAUGUGAUUAUCCCGGAGGGGGGGCAAAUUUUGAAGUUUUCAUAAUCAAGAAACUGUCAGACUAGAGAAAUUAUGUCCACUGAUUUCCCCCCUGCUCAACGGCACAUAAUGAUUUUAACGUUUUUGUUUUAUAUUUCAUGAUGUUGAGUGAAGAUUCUUUUUUUUUUUAAGCUGGAAAAUUCUGUUGUUGCUUAUUCUACCUGAACGGGACUAAAAUCCCGUAACUGCAAACAUGAGUAACAUUUACACUGUUGUGUGUUUUUGGAUGAAGCCAUUGUUGAAUAUUCAUCUAACGCAGAAUUUUACGAACGCUUCCCACAUGGCGGGACGAUGUGCGUCAUGAUCAUUUGGACUCUUGAUGGAAGGAAUGAUCGAAUCCCUGCUGAAGUUUGAAAGUAACGCUUUCCCCCCUCUCAUCGCUUCACAUUGCCAAGAUGUCGAACAAGCCGCUUUUGUUUGUUAAAUUGUUUCCGAGUGAUGAAUGACAAGAUAGAUCCGAUGAGGCAGAGAUCACCGCUUCAACAAGCAGCAGCAGCUUUACGGUAGCCAUCUGCCUGCCAGUGCUCUGAAAUGAGAAAACCACAAACCGUUUAGUCGAUGCCCCAGAAUGACCUGCCUGUACAGUGGAAAUGAAACGGUGUGUCGGAAUUAGAGAGAAUAUAUAUGAAUAUAUAAAUAAAGUUUAAAAAGGAAAACAUCUAUUUUAACUAUUGAGAGUCUUACCAUUACUUUAUCUGCUUUGCAAAGUAAGACUUCUUUUCCUUUGUAAGGUCUACCAAAUGGUGUGUUUUGCACUUUUUCGUUUGUGUUCCAUUUGGUAGCCCAUGCUUGUGUUUUGGAGCACUGAAUACUUUGUAUUGUGUUUACUGUGCCAAUUAAAUAUGCCUGGAAAGUA